UCCGCCGGACUCGGAUCGCAGACCCACGUAGAAGACGCGGCACACACAGACAGAGCCGCCAUGGCGACCCCAGCGCCGGGGCCCAUUCACCUGCUGGAGCUAUGUGACCGGAAGCUGAUGGAGUUUGUCUGCAAUGUGGACAACAAAGACAUGGUGUGGCUGGAGGAGAUCGAGGAGGAGGCCGAGCGCAUGUUCACCAGGCAGGACAGACAGCCUGUCCCUGCUGAGUGCCUGACCUCGCCCGCCUCUGCGUCCCCCAUGAUGCUUACCAGGAAGCCCAAGCGCACCGUGGCCCAGGGCCAGCCCGCGCCCACGGUGGAGAUAAGGGCCGAAGAGCGCCGCAGUGCCGAGCAGUACCUGACCCAGCUUAAGGCCUCGCGGGCGCCAGCCUCUCCGGCUGCAGCCUCUCCAUCAGAAGAGGACUCGCCACCCAAGAAGGCAGAGGCUGUGGCUGUGAGCUCCCUGAUGGCCACCCCCCAGGGCCCCAAGGACCAAGGGGCCGGGCGGUCAGUGUCCAAGCUGAGGAUCGCCCGGACCUCCUCUGCGGGCUCCCCGGACUCCCUGUGGCGGGAGCGAGUGCUGGCCCCCGUCCUGCCAGAUAACUUCUCCACAGCCACCGGCGCCUGCAAGAGCCGGCGCUCCGUGCGGCGCAGCUUGAUCGCCGCCGCCCCCGAGGAACAGCUGAGCCCCAAAAAGGAAGGCGCCGUCAGAAGGUCCAGCAGAAAGGCGGCCGCCAAGGAGCCAGCCGCCUCUGCCCGUAUCAUCUGUCACAGUUACCUGGAGAGGCUCCUGAAUGUGGAGGUGCCCCAGAGAGUCAUCCCUGAGAGAAGGGAGCCCAGCCCGGAGGUGGAACCGCUGGAGGCUGAGGAGCCGGAGGUCCCCAAGAACAAAGAGAAGACUCUGUUGCCCCGGAGCGCCACUAAAAACGCCACAGCCAGUGGCCAAGAGUCCCCUGAAAGGCCCCACGAAGCCAAGGCUGACCGGACAGAUGGACCCGUGGAGCCGCCUCAGAGUGUCAGGAGGAAGCGCAGCUACAGGCAGGCGGUGAGCGAGCUGGAUGAGGAGCAGCAGGGGGAGGAUGAGGAGCUGCAGCCCCCCCGGAGCAAGACCCCCUCCCCGCCCUGCCCAGCCAACAAGGUGGUGCGGCCCCUGCGGACCUUCCUGCACACCGUGCAGAAGAACCAGAUGCUCAUGACCCCUACCUCUGCGUCCCGCGGCAGCGUCAUGAAGUCCUUCAUCAAGCGGAACACUCCCCUGCAUGUGGACCCCAAGUGCAGCUUUGUCGAGAAGGAGCGGCAGCGCCUGGAGAACCUGCGGCGGAAGGAGGAGGCUGAGCAGCUCCGCAGGCAGAAGGUGGAGGAGGAUAAGCGGAGGCGGCUGGAGGAGGUGAAGCUGAAGCGCGAGGAGCGCCUCCGCAAGGUGCUGCAGGCCCGGGAGCGGGUGGAGCAGAUGAAGGAGGAGAAGAAGAAGCAGAUUGAGCAGAAGUUGGCUCACUUUGGCGAGAAGACCGAGAAGGCCAAGGAGGAGCGGCUGGCCGAGGAGAAGGCCAAGAAAAAGGCGGCGGCCAAGAAGAUGGAGGAGGUGGAGGCACGGAGGAAGCAGGAGGAGGAGGCCCGCCGGCUCCGGUGGCUGCAGCAGGUAGCCCUCUCUCCGACCCUGGGCCCCUCAGCCCUCUGGGAAUUCAGCAAAGAGCCCGAGCUGAUGCCCAAAACACCUUCCCAGAAGAACCGGCGGAAGAAGCGGCGGCCUUCUGUGCAGGAUGAAAACAGAGACCCGAUUCGGAAAAGGCUGUCCCGCCGGAAGUCUCGGAGGAGCAGCCAGUGGAGCCCCCGGCGCCUGCGCAGCAGGGACCAGGUGGGAAAGCUGCCCACGGUGGCCGGCGAGAAGGCCGGCGAGAACGGCGUCGUCGUGGGCCGGCUGACCCGGGCUGCUGCGGCG